AUGCUCCUGGAACAAUAUGUGGUGCUGGCCAAUUACGAGAAACAAGAGCCUGCAGAAAUCAGUCUCCAAGCAGGAGAGCUUGUCGACGUCAUUGAGAAGAGCGAGAGUGGUUGGUGGUUUGUCAGCACAGCAGAAGAGCAGGGUUGGGUCCCGGCUACGUAUCUCAACUCCCAGAGUGGAACAAGAGAUGAUUCUGAGGUGGGUGCCUCCAAAGCAGGCGAAGUUACUAAGCGACAUAAAGCUCAUCUGAAGAGGCUCGACCGGAGAUGGACGUUGGGGGGUGUCAUCAGCCGGCAGCAGAGCCGAGAAGAGAAGUACGUCACUGUGCAGCCGUACACCAGCGAGGGCAAAGAUGAGAUCGCUUUUGAGAAGGGCGUUAUUGUGGAAGUCAUUCAGAAGAACCUUGAAGGCUGGUGGUUUGUCAGGUACCAAGAUAAAGAGGGCUGGGCUCCAGCUUCUUACCUGAAGAAGGUAAAGGAUGACUUCUCACCGCGUAAGAAGACUGUAACUGGUCCUGUGGAGAUCAUCGGAAACAUCAUGGAAAUCAGCAACCUCCUAAAUAAGAACACCUCGAGUGAGAAGGAUGUCCAGACUGAAGGAGUUCCAGAGAGUCCUCAGGUGGCCAGGAAGGAGAUCAGCUUGCCAAUCCACUGCUCUGACUCCAGCCCUGUAAAUGCAGCGCAGGAAGCAAAAAGCACAGCGGAGCCUGCUUCACCAGCUGUAGCUCGUGUUGCCCCACACCGUGUGGAAAUUGGUUCUCCUAUCCUCAGGCAAAAACCUCCUCCUCGAAGAGAUGCAACCUUAGGCUUUCAGUUGCCCUCCCCUCCAGAGCCCCCUACAGUUGAAGCAGAGUAUUACACCAUUGCUGAUUUUCAGUCUUGCAUAUCUGAUGGCAUCAGUUUUAAUGGAGGUCAGAAAGCAGAGGUUAUUGAAAAGAAUUCUGGUGGUUGGUGGUAUGUCCAUAUAGGCGAGAAGGAGGGCUGGGCCCCAUGCUCCUACAUUGAUAAACGCAAGAAGCCCAACUUGAACAGAAGAACAAGCACCCUCUGCCGCCCUAAGGUUCCCCCACCAGCUCCACCUGUCAAAAAACAGGACUCAGUGGAGACGGCACCACCCAGCAGCUCUGGAUCUGAGGCCCCGGAGUCUCCCGUGUCCCCUGGGAGGCCAGUGUAUGAAGAGCCAGAAUACGAUGUUCCAGCUAUUGGUGAUCUGGACCUAGAGUCUGAGUUUGAGUUUCUGAGGGGAGAAAGUUCUCUGGUGGAUGUUAGGAAUGAUGAAACGUCUUCUGAAAAAGGAUCUCAUCGGUCCUCCAAACCAUCUCCUGCUUCUUCGCUCCACAGUGCCUCCUUUAAGUUUGGUGAAUCGUUUGAGGAUGGCCAUGAAGCAGAAGGAGAGGCAGAGGGUGAGGAAGAGUGCAUCUAUGAGAAUGAUGGGUUCCAGUCCUUCAGACAGAUCCCAGAGAGGCAGUGCAGCAGGGACUCGAACUCCUCCAAGACAAGUACCUUGUCAGAAAAUGGCAAGACUGCUAACCCAUCAUCAGGUGGAUUUAGACCUGCUGGUAACAGGUUUAAGACGGACUUGAACGGGAGUCCAUUUUCAGCCAAAUCUGAAGAGGCAUCUAGUCCAAAAUGUCUCUCCAGCGAGCCCACCCCAGAUCUGUUGAGACCAAGGAAAGACCACGAGGAGAGCAAGGCAACCUCUUCUGCUAAGUCUUGCAUUAAACCAAGGCCAGUAGUGAGGCCCAAACCACAGGUGGCCAAGGGAUCCAGUGCAGAGAAGAUGGACAUCAGCACCUUAAGAAGACAGCUGCGGCCAACAGGUCAGCUGAAGAAUGGCACCAAAACUAAAGGCGAAGACUCUGAGACCGCUUCAGUCAUUUCCUCUGAAGACUCAUUCUCUUCUCAGAGCACGUCUGAUCUUUCAUCCAUCUACUCUAAAGGAAGCCGAGGUGACUCUGACCUGGAAGGCUGCAGCCUGUACCGCACCACAGAUUCUUAUGAGAAGGUCCAAGACUCUGAACUCAGCUUCCCAGCUGGAGUGGAAGUGGAGGUCCUUGAAAAGCAGGAAAGUGGCUGGUGGUACGUCCGUUGGGGAGAUGUUGAGGGCUGGGCUCCAACUUACUACCUUGAGGCAGUCAGGCAACAAGAUGACAUAGAGUAUGAGCCUGAUGGGACUCCAGCUAAACUUGGAAGUCUCAGCAAGUCCAACAGUCUGGAGAAGAACGAACAAAGGGUGCGAGUGUUGAACAACAUCAACCAGUGUCUGAAAAAGUCUCCACCCAUCCCCUCCAAGCCUCCAGGGGGUCUUUCCAAACCCACUAGCCUGUUCAGCUCAAUAAAGCAGAACAGCACCAAACAGCAGCAGGUUGUCAGACCCCAGUCCGUGUUCAUCUCAGCUCCAAUCAGAAAUGGUUCCAGCUCCGUUGGCUCUCUCAGGAGAAACGAGUCCCUCAAUUCAGCAGACAACCCACGCUCCAGCCCAACAGUGCGACGCAAUGCCUCCUUCGGCACCGUGCCUCGAGGCCCAGCACCGAAUAACAUAGCACUGCCCAUCAGGAACAAAUCUGGUUCUGGUAGCUCAGAAUCUCUGGGUCUAAGCUGUCAGAAGAACGCCCUCCCAGUAUCUACGGUUAAACCCAAGCCCCACAUCAUCCACAACAACCUCAGAGAGAUUUACGUCUCCAUUGCAGAUUAUCAUGGCGACGAGGAGACUAUGGGCUUUCCUGAGGGGACAAAUCUGGAGGUUCUUGAAAAAAACGCUAAUGGAUGGUGGUACUGCAAGGUUCUGGACAAUGGCAGACCAAGGAAAGGAUGGGUUCCCUCAAAUUACCUUGAUAAAAAGCACUAGCCCCUAUGUGUCAGGCCUGCAAUACUCUCGAAGUCAGAUGGGUUUAUUUUUGUGAAUGAGGCUAAUCUGGUACCUACACCAAAACAAACAGCAAGACCAAAUUGUAACUAUAAUUAUAACUGUAAUUAGUAAAACAAUAAAUGAUCAGAUGUAGACACAUCACGUGCUCAACUUUUUGUCUUAGUUUGUUGAGAUUUAGUAACA